GUUAAGAAAGAGAGGAUGAACUUCAGUCUGGCAAUGUUCCUCAGCUAAAAACAUCAAUCCUUGAUCUGUUUGUCAAGUUUCAGUGCCGAGUCAAAGAUAACACCAAGAUUCACUGCAUGGGCAUGGAAGUUUGACGUCAGUGGCCCUAAGUGGCUAACAAUACUUCCUAUGGUCACUGGAGGACCAAAAACAAUCCAGUAUUUUACAUCCGGAAGGCAACUAAGUAUGCAUGAGAUAUUGUUAGAAUUCUCCGGAUUCAGUGUAAGGUAUAUUAGAAUGUCAUCGGCGUAGCAGUGAAUGGAAAUGUAAAAGGAAACGCAAAGCAAAUAAAAUGGGCCCUAACAUGGAACCUUGAGGAACUCCACAAGUGACUAGGAUUGAGGAGGGGGAGGAGCUCCCAAUCUUAACAGAGAGAGAACAGGUGUGUUAAGUAGGAGGCAAACCAUGCAGUGUCCUGGAUGCCUACCUGGCUUUGGAGCUGGAAUCGUCAAAGAAAGAAAAUGAGACAAAAACAAAACAAAAGGUAACCUUUGAAAAACUACGACAAAAAGCAUUUAUCAUCAACAAAUAAAAAUGUGAUGAUAAUGUGAAAGACAGUUGAAAAGAAGUUUUAAUGCUAAUCUUGAAAAGUCCUUUUGGGUAAAUUCCAUUUCUCUUAAAGGAAGUCAGAUAAAAUCAGAUUAGAACAGUCAUUCACAUAUCUAACUCCUCUCUCAUGAUGGGUGUAGUUCCACCUUUCUUCCAUGUUAAUCAGAGAAAAACCUAUUUCGCAAUAAUCAAGUAAAUCAGGGAGAGAAAACGAAACUGAGACAAACAGAGCUGCAGUAAGAGGAGUAAAACUGAAAGAACAGCAGACCUUCAACGUCACACUCCAGAAAUGAAACUAAAGUCAGUCAGAGCAACAACAGAGCUGCAGUCCAGAUGAGUGUGUUUCUGUCUAAAAGAAAAUUGAAGUGAGUCCAUCAGGUCUUUGUCAACAACACAGCAGAGUCUCUACCAAACACUGACAUGUCUGCUGCCAGCUGUCUGCUAUCUGAAGAUCAGUUUCUGUGCUCCAUCUGUCUGGAUGUGUUCACUGAUCCAGUCUCCACACCAUGUGGACACAACUACUGCAAAAACUGCAUCAAUCAACACUGGAACACUGCUGACCAGUACCUGUGUCCGGUGUGUAAAAAGGUUUUUAACAUAAAACCUGAGCUGCACAUCAACACUUUCAUCUCUGAGAUGGUUGCUAAGUUCAGACAGCAAGCUCAACAGAAAGCCAGCAGCAGCAGCUCAGAGCAACAAGUUGCCAAACCAGGAGAAGUUUCCUGUGACGUCUGCACUGGAACCAAACUGAAGGCCCUGAAGUCCUGCCUGGUGUGUCUGACCUCCUACUGUGAGACUCACCUGGAGCCUCAUCUGACAGUGUCAGGCCUGAAAAGACAUCAGCUGAUCCACCCUGUGGAGAACCUGGAAGACAGGAUGUGUACGAAGCACGAUAAACCUCUGGAGCUGUUCUGUAAGACCGACCAGACAUGUGUCUGCAUGCUCUGCUCUGUUUUAGACCACAGGACACAUGAGUUUGUUCCUGUGAAAGAAGAAUGUGAAGGAAAGAAGGCAGAGCUGGAGAAGACAGAGGCUGAAAUUCAGCAGAUGAUCCAGAAGAGACGACUGAAGAUUGAGAAGAUCAAACACUCAGUCAAGAUCAGUAAAGAUGAUGCAGACAGAGAGAAAGCAGAAGGUGUUCAGGUCUUCACUGCUCUGAAGGAGUCUGUUGACAGAGGCCUGAACCAGCUCAUAAAGGAGAUGGAAGAGAAACAGAAAACCACAGAGAAACAGGCUGAAGACUUGAUCACAGAGCUGGAACAGGAAAUCUCUGAGCUGAUGAAGAGAAGCACUGAGGUGGAGCAGCUCUCACUCUCUGAAGACCACCUCCACCUCCUCCAAAACUUCCCAUCCCUGAAAGCUGCUCCACCCACCAAGGACUGGACAGAGGUCAGAGUCCGUCCACCAUCAUAUGAGGGGACUGCGGUGAGAGCUGUGGUUCAGCUGGAGGAGACGCUCAGUAAAGAGAUGAAGAAGCUGUUUGAGGCUGAGCUGAAGAGGGUCCAGCAGUAUGCAGUGGAUGUGACUCUGGAUCCUGAUACAGCAAAUCCCUGGCUCAUCCUGUCUGAUGAUGAGAAACAGGUUCACUGUGGUGAUGUGAAGAAAAAUCUUCCAGACAACCCAGAGAGAUUUAAAAGUUAUAUCAGUGUCUUAGGAAAGCAGAGUUUCUCUUCAGGCAGAUUUUACUUUGAGGUUCAGGUUAAAGGAAAGACUAAAUGGACUUUAGGAGUGGCCAGAGAGUCGAUCAAGAGGAGGGGAGAAAUCACACUGAGCCCUGAAGAUGGUUACUGGACCAUAUGGUUGAGAAAUGGAAAUGAGUACAAAGCUUGUGCUGGUCCUUCAGUCCGUCUCUCUCUGAAGUCUGGUCCUGAGAAGGUGGGGGUGUUUGUGGAUUAUGAGGAGGGUCUGGUCUCCUUUUAUGACGUAGAUGCUGCAGCUCUCAUCUACUCCUUUACUGGCUGCUCCUUCACUGAGAAACUCUACCCAUACUUCAAUCCCUGCCUUAAUGAAGGUGGUAAAAACUCUGUUCCUCUGAUCAUCUGUCCUGUUAUCUAAACCUGAUAGAAUAAUAACUAAAGUUAUUCUUUGAAUUGAUUGCAGCAUUCACACAACAGUUCUUCAAAUCUUUAUUAUUAUCUUUCCGUACAUUUUUCAGUCACUACUCCUGCAUACCUUGCACUACAGAAACUAUUCAAUUAUCAAAAUGUUCAGCUUUUUCUGGACACAUCUGCUUGUACUCAACUUUUUUCUGCUAUUUAUAAGCGAUUUUAAUGUUUUUCAAAAAAAAGAAAUGGGAUCCUAUUGGAGCUCAGCUCAACUUUCUUCACUCAACUUUUCAAGCUUACCCGUCUGGCAUACGGUCAGUCAGAGACUCCAUUUUUGGCUUAAAAUAUCCUCAAGACUUUGAUGUUUUAAUGUUGUACCUUUUAAACCUGUUGUACCUGUUAAAUAUGUUUAGUUUAGGAGAUUUGUGACAUUUUAGGCUGUUUGGAGCUUGUUGGAGGUAUUAUCAGUGUGUCACGUGACCAUGUGAUUUACAACUGCUGCAUACUUUCUGCUACAGAAACCAUUCAGCAAUCAAAGUCUUUAGCUUUUCUAGGACAUUUAUGCUUGAAAAGUCUUUUUUCUGCUAUUUAUACUAAAAUAUUCAGCUUUUUCUGCAAAAUGAAUACUUCAGCAAUUCUUUGCAGAUUUCAAAUUUUCAACAUUUUCUUUUGCAUUUCAACUGUUUUCAGCCAUUUUAAGCAUGAUUUCAGCAGUUUACAUUCAGCUUUCAGCAUUCGCACUGCAUUUUCUCCAAGAAAUGCAUUUUCUAGUUCAAUAAACAACUUAUUCCUCCGUACAUUUUUUGGUAACUACUCCCACAUACUUUCACCUACAAAAACCAUUCCACUAUCAAAAUGUUCAGCUCUUUUAGGACCUUUCUCUUUGUCUUCAAACUUUUCUGCUAUUUAUACUUUGUGAAAUAUUCAGCUUUUUCUGCAAACAUUUUGCUAUUAAAAUGAAUGGAAAGGAUUUUCAAAUCCUUCAAAACAUCAUCCUCUUUGAACUUCAACUAGUUUGGCACACUUUGUGCUAGAGACUUCAUUUAUGGCUUAAAAUAUUCACAAGACUUUCAUCUUUUAAUGUUGUACCUUUUCAUCUGCUAAAAAUGUUUAGGAUAGCAGAUCUUUCCCUGUUACUGAAGGCUGUUACAGCUUGUUGGAGUUUUUAUCAGUGUGUCAUGUGACCAGCAAAAGGCACCCACCUUCCACCCACUUAAAAUUUAUACCAGCAACAUAAUUAUGAGACCCACAUUCCACAACCGUCGCCUAGAGGCAGACGCUGCUCAGGCCGUAGUUCCAGACAUUAACAUCAUUAUUUCUAAUUAAACAGCGAGCCCUCCUCUCUGGAGCUAGGGUCAGAGUAAGGAGGCCGACUGAUUGAAACUAGGAUAUUGCCGUGAC